ACAAGCUGCUGGCCCAGUCCCUGCUGAUACUGAUCUGGCUGAAAACAACCCAGACCUGUUUUCACAGCCUCAGCAAACAAGCAGCCUCUGGUGUAUAUAUUUGCUGGAGGUAUUUGCUUCAGCAUUUGCGCUUCCCUCCUGUGAGCAGGGAGCGUGGUCUGUUUAUGGCACAGCUCCUGGGUAACUCAAUGACUUCACCAUUCACUUCACUGCUGGGAAACAGAGGUUCCCUGGAUGAUAAGCAGCUCUUAGAAGAAAUUCCUCUCCUUGUGCGAGGGAGUGGCUGUGUUGUGCCUGCUCACUCGGCUCACAACACGUACACACACACCCAUGCUUUCCGAUUCCUGGAAGCUGGCAGUACUGAUCUCCUAAGGCACCAGACUGUCCGGUCCCUCUGGAAUGGUCCAAACUGCAAGACCAAGACCUUUCAGAGGGGAAGUAGUCCCCGGGAAAUUAUGUUGGGGACCAGCGUGAACUUGUGCUGAUGUGCGAACAGGUGAAGAGCAGGAUUCCUGCUGUUCUGCUGCACCUGUGCUCCUGCCCAGCUGGUCCAGUCUGCAGAACUACACAGCUGAGCCCCAAGGAAGAUGUUUUCAGGAGGAGACCAUGGCAUCAGAGUCACUCUUCUCAGGGCGUCAAUUCCCAGCUGCAGGAAGCAGCAAGGAAGAAGCUGUGGGCCCUGGAAAAUGAUGAGAAGGAUGUCUGUGCUCUGUUCAAGGAGCUGUCAGCCAGGUUGGUCUGCAUCCAGGCUCAGAAGGAUCGGUUCCUUCUCACCUUUAAGACUACAGAAGAAAUCUGGAAAUUUUCCACGUACCUGGCUUUAGGCCAUGUGGCUUGCUGUUUGGAACAGCUUCUCUUUGACCAAGUGUACUGGCUGAACUAUGCUCUGGUGGAGGACACCAAGAUCAGUGUUACUGUCAAUGAAGAUCGCCUGGCUACCAUAUAUCUGGGUCUGCUUAUCCAAGAAGGUAACUUCUUUUCCAGAGCAGUGCUGAAUGUUCUUCAACCUGUGGAAGAGGGAGAGGGAGGCUUGAGGUUCUGCAAAAAUGAGCUACUUCACGUGAGGGACAUUGGAGAAGAGUCAAGAUGGGAAGGGAUGUCCUUGUUGACAGGUCAGCGAGGCCUAGUACCUGUGGCAGCCAUAGAGCCUCUGCCCCAUCCAUUUUACCAGUGGUUUCUAAAGAAUUAUCCAGUGAGCUUCAGCGUCUCCAAAGAAAUUAGUAGUCCAACCUCUCAGCCAGUUGGCAAAGGUAGGUGCACAGCCAUAGAGGAUCACCGAGGCAGAGGAUGGGAUGAACUGAGCUUCUCCAAAGGAGACAACAUAGAGAUCGUUGGCUUUCUUAUACCAGGACUGCAGUGGUUUGUGGGAAGAUCCCUGAGCCUGGGGACGACUGGCUUUGUCCAAACCAAAUGCAUAGACCCCAAGACAUGUGAACCUCUGGGAAAGGGUCUGGAGUUUCUCAGUGACGAAGAGCAACGCUCCCUCCUGCGCCUCCCAUGCAACGGCAGCGAGCAGCACUACAUCCGCGUCCUCAGCGACCUGGCGCAUACCGACAUCACCUCUGUGUACAGGCUGGAUGGUUUUGAACCUGCAGUCAUGCUCCCCAAAGUGCCAUCUGAGGCUCUUCUCCAAGGAUGUAAGGAUGUCCAGCUGCUCGGGUCAUGGGAAGAAGCAGCUAUGAAUGGCUUGGCCACACCUAGUGUCUCAGAGCAGUCCAGCUCAGAGAGGGAAUCACUCCCUGCUACCCUGGAAGACGUUCUGCUUCAGGAGCCAGAUGACUUUGAUGACCCCAAGUUCUUUAUUGACCUGAAUGCUGGGCACAUGGAGGAUGCUGAAGUCUUUGACCCCAUACUGACCUUCCUUAACCAAGGUGGCUAUGUGGCCCAUUUUCAAAAUCUCUAUGACCUCUCUUUCUCCUUCCUCAAUUCCACCUUUUAUGGCUUCUCUGAUGAGGAUGAGCUGAUCUUGUAUCUUGAGACCUCUAGGAACUGGGCCAAGAGAACUCAUUUGGACUGGGCUCAUAUCAGGGUCUGUUUCCUGCUGGGCAGGCUCUGCAUCAAAAGGGUCAAGUUGUCCCAGGCCCGAGUCUACUUUGAAGAAGCCAUAAGUGUAAUGGACAAGGGGUUCAGGGACCUUCCUCUGCUGGCUGCACUGCAUGUGAACCUUGCUGCCAUCUACCUGAAACAGAAGAUGAAGCUCAAGUUCUUCUCCAUGCUGGGGAAAGCGGUGGCCCUGCUAGUCUGUUUGCCGGGACAUGGCUUCAGUUCUGAGAAUGAGCUGGAAGUUGUGAAGUACAUCCUGAGGGAUGCAAUUGUGGUGGGCAAUACCUCUUUGGAGGCCCGGGCUUGUUUCCUUGCUGUCAAGCUCUUCUUACAGUUGGGCAAGUAUGAUGAGGUCCUGCCCUUCGCAGAGCGCCUUCAAAUCCUCUCCACCAACUUCUCUAGCCAAGAUUCCAGUGCCACAUUGUUGGAUACCACUCCCAUAUUGAGCUAUUUGUAUGACAAGAAAUACUUGCCGCAUAUCACAUUGGCAUCCACCCGGCGGUUUGUUCCCAGUGGCAUCAAAGGGGCACCAACACCUAUAUGGAGAGCUGGUUUAGUCCUCCAGAAUACUGCCAAGCUCCUAGGAAGUCAGCUGAACAGAAGCAGCAUCUCAGUACUUUCUUGCUUCUGUCUCAGACAUGCAUUGACUUUCUCCCAUGAAACUGGUGCUGUGUCCACUCAGAGAGCUCUGUGUGCCAUCUUGUCCAAAACGUACCUCCAGCAUGGCGUGUUGGAUGGGGCAGUUUGUUAUGCAGCCAGAGCUGUAGUCCUUGGCAAGCAGAUGAGUGAGGAGGAGGCCUUUGAGUCUUCCCUCUCUUUGGGGUGGAUGCACAUCCUGAACAGCCAGCCAGCUAAGGCUGCAGAGAUCAUGCUGCAGCUCCUGCACUCUCUGCGUGAAACGGACGGUGUUACUCAGGGUGGGGCAGUUCACAACCUCCUGGCUAUUGCCCUCAAUGGAGAAGGCCAGGUGCAGAAGGCAGCAGUAAACUACUUGUGGGCCUUAAACAAAGCCAAGGAGACUGGCAACAGGAGGAACCAGGCUAUUGCUUUGGCCAACUUGGGACACUUGACUCUCUCUCACAGGGCCAACCAGCUGGCUGAGAGGUAUUUGCUCCAGUCUUUUCAGCUGUACGCUGAGCUCCAGGGUAGUGAAGACUCAGAAAUGGAGCUGGUGCAGGUGCUGGUGUGGCUAGCUGAGGCAAUGGUGGGCAGACACAGGAUAGAAGACAGCAAAAUCUUUCAUGAACUGGCACUGGUGUAUGCUCUGAAGUCCCACAACAUGAAGAGUCAGCUUCAUAUCACUGAGUCCCUCUGCCAUUUCUACAGCAAAGUGUCCCCGAAUCCUGGGGCCUGCAUUACCUACCAUGAACAUUGGGUAUCCCUGGCACAGCAGCUCCAGGACCGAGAGAUGGAAGCACAAGUCCUACAGACCCUCAGCCAGCUCUACCGGAGUCUAGACACAUCCAAGUCCUUGAGACAGUCCCUGGACUGUACCAAACAGAGCUUACGGAUCUUCAUUGACCUGGGGGAGCAAGUCAAAGCAGCACAGGCCUGGUUGCAGGCUGGCAGGCUCCACUAUCUUAUGGAGGAGGAUGAGCCGGUGGAAAUGUACUUCCAGGCAGCUAUACAGACUGCACUGAAACCAGGGGACUUCUCCUUGGCCAUGGAUCUGUAUGAAGAGGCGGGGGAUAUCUUUUUUAAUGGCAGCCGAAACAGACACCGAGCAGUGGAAUUUUACAGGGGAGGUGCUGUGCCUUUGGCCAGGAAACUGAAGGCCACCAGGACAGAGCUGCGGUUGUUCAAUAAGCUGGCAGAGCUGCAGAUUGGACUACGGGGCUAUGAGAAGGCACUAGAAUUUGCCACCCUGGCAGCCAGGCUGAGCACCAGCGUAGGAGAUCAGUUGCAAGAGCUGGUUGCAUUUCACCGCCUGGCUUCAGUGUACUAUUUCCUGCAGAUGUACGAGAUGGCUGAGGACUGCUAUCUGAAGACGCUUGCCUUGUGCUCUCCCAUGCUGCAGUGUGCUGAAGAGGCCAUGUACUAUUCUAAGAUUUACUGUCACCUUGGCAAUCUGACCCUGCACAAACUGAAGGAUGAACAAGAUGCUACUGGUUACUUCCUGCUGGCCCUGGCUGCAGCCACAGUGCUGGGAGACAAGAAGCUGCAAGAUGUCAUCUAUGCCAAGUUGGCUUACAUAUACAGCAUGCCCCUCCAACCCAAGGCUCUGGAUGGCUGUGCCACAUAUCGGGCUAGGUGGCUCAGUGAAGGAGGACAAGUGUGACAAACCAAGUUUGUGAGACAGAUGAUGACAGAUCUUCAUACCUCAUUGCAGACAGUUGCCCACAUGCCUUCUGAAGCCAAAGCAAAUGGCACAUGGAAAGUUCUCAAUGUCAGCCUGAGAAAAGCAGCCUAUUGUUGUGCCAUGUUAGCUUUUCAUUUCACAGAGGUUGGCUGUCACAUCAGGGGUUUGGGAUGUGAUGUUUUCCUCAUAGCUUGCUCACUGACUUCCUUCUUGGAUCCCUUGGAAAACUAAACCCUUAGCCUAUCAGCAAGCACAAAGCACAUACAGAGGAGACACUGCUGCCACACGUGCCCCAGUGUCCCACAUUCAGAAUGGGCAUGCUGCCUGUGUGUUACCCCACGCCGCAGCUUGGGAGCUCAGUUCUUGGCCUGUUCUAGGGUGGAACUGGUUUCCUGUGCCUUGGGAAUGCACAUUAUUGGGUCUUGCCACUAGAUGGCACUCCAAGAAUGCAGCUGAUCAGAUGGGAAAAGCACUGCCCAAGUGCUGGCAAAGUGUUGAGCUUGGUCAUUAGUCUGAUGCUUAUUUUACAGAAUACCAUCUCCUUCCUGAGUGCUCACAGCCUUGGGCUGCGCACAUGGAUUGGUGGAGCCAGCGGUGGGGUCUAAGCUGUAAUCCCAGCUACAUUUUAAUUAGUCAAAGAACAUUUUUUUAUUUAUUUCUA